UUUACUAUAAAAGGCAAAAAAAAAGUAACAAAAUAAAAAUAAAAAAAUAAAGAUAAUUUGAUUUGAUUCUUUAUUGUAAUUUGUAAGAUAUAUCAGGUAGAUGAAACGCACAAGCCAUCUCCAAGAACCCAAAAAUUUGACAGACUUCUCCAGAAAAAAUAUGGAAGAAGAAAACAACAUGAUUGUAGAAAGAGAAGAGCUCAUGAUUUCAUCCAUUAAUGGUGGAUUACCAACUUUCAGAAAAGCUCAUUUUCUUAAACCAGUUUCAAACCCCACAAAUCAACCUCAUCCUGAUCUAUCUUCUCUCUGCCUUCCCUUAAACCCAAAUUACAUACAGCUGAUUAAUAAAAGGGUUAGUUUUCAUGGGAUGUUAGGACCACUCAAGUCAUGGAAGUCAUGGGUUGAUAAUAUGGAGCAAGCUCAUCAAGAAAUAUGGAAGAAAGUCGGAAUCUUCGAGGCAAUUCGGGCCUCGACGUACCACAUUGUGAAGGAUAAUAAGUUGAUUAUAAAAUUAGCUGAGAGGUGGUGUUCCGAGACCAACACGUUCUUUUUUCCUUGGGGUGAAUCCACAAUUACUUUGGAGGAUGCUAUGAUUUUGGGAGGAUUUUCUGUUUUGGGAAGCUCUGCUCGAAGUCAUUCACGGAUCAUGGAAGGUGGGGAUAUCCUUAAGGAAUUGGUUGUUGCAAGGAAAAAAAUCAAUAAAAGUAAUAGUUUUCAUGUUUCUCAUAGUAAAUGGAUGAGCUAUUUUAGGGGAAAAGGUGGUGAGAUUGAGCAUGUGGCAUUUGUUGUUCUAUGGUUGUCAAGAAAUGUUUUUACUACAAAUUCAUAUGGUAGGAUUUCCCCUAAAGUUUUUUCCAUUGCUAUUAGUCUUACUAGAGGUACUCGCAUUGCACUUGCCCCGGCUGUUCUAGCUACAAUAUAUAGUGAUUUGAGGUUACUGAAUGAAAAAAUUGUAACCUGUAAAUGUAAUGGUCAAGAUGAUGGUUCAAAGCUUGUUGUUUGGGCACCUUUUCAUCUGGUUCAGAUAUGGGUUUGGGAGAGGUUUCCAACAUUAGGUCUAAAACCGAGUUCUCUUGCCCAUGGGCAGCCUAGACUGGCUCGGUGGCAGAAUGUUAAGAAAUUAAAACUCGGGAUUUUGAGGCUGAUUUUAGACUCCUCUACUGGGGAUAAUUUCUUGUGGAGGCCUUAUGCUUUACAUUUGAAGAACUGGGAAUUUCCCAAGUUCUAUUGUGAUCAGGAGAUGUGGGUUUCGGUAAAGCCGGAGGUGGAUGAGCAAUAUUUGUCAUUUGCAAAGUGCUUGAGGACGUUUGUGUUGGUAGGAGUUAAUUGUAUGGAGCAAUAUCUUCCACAAAGAGUUGCAAUGCAAUUUGGAUUGGAUCAAGAUGUUCCCUUUUGCCAUCCUAGACCGAGUGUUGUUACCGAAGUUGCUUGGAAUAGCUAUGACAAACCACUUGAUGGUUUGAAAUUCUAUUUACCUCCUCAAUCGAUUGAGGGAGGUGUUACCUUUCAAUAUUAUGAGUGGUGGAGGACAAUGUUGUCUGUACACGAUGACUGUGAGUCGUGGAGGAGAAGCACGACGAAACUGAAGAAAGAUUCCAAAGUAGUUUCAGAUGCUGAUCAUGAAUGUUCAAAUUCUGUUGGUAGUAGCAGCAGCAGAAAAAUGCAAAAUUAUAACUCUUCGUUUUGCAAAGCCAAUGCACCUGGUGAAGAUACUAUAUUAGAUCUGCAGGCAAGGCCAGAGCACGCAGACACGUGCAAGGAGAAUGUUGUGGCCGAAAAGGAGGAAAGACAGGUAAAUCAGAGCAAUAUGAACAUGGGUGAAGCAAGCAAGUCUUCAGAGGGAAAUCUUGAAUAUCUUCAAAAUGAAACUCACCUUUCUUGGUUAUUGCAUGCUUGUAAUGAGGCUAUGAGCUCAGAAUUUGUUGGCAGCAUAGCAUCUGAAACUCAAGAGCAUGUUUCCAAUGAAGUUGGUUUGGUUGAUUUGAUGAAUCCAUUGAUAGGAGUAGAGGAGGAUGAACGAAAAUUUGAGUGCAACGGUAUGGAGCAAGAAAAAGAAAAGGAGGUGAAUGAAAGUUGCAUCAACACGGGUGAGGACACUCGUACUCAACCUGAAGGUGAUAGAAGCUUAUGUGGGGCAGAGCCACUGAUUCAGGUGAAUACCUUGCCCAGAGCAUUAGUUGAAGAUGAACAAGGUGAAGCAAGAGAAGAUGCUAGAUCGAAGGAAGUGAAUAGUUCACAUGUCAAUCUUAUGAUUCUCAGUGAUGAAGAAGAUAAUGGUGAUUUUGAUGCUUUUGAAGUGCAGUGUCUUGCAAUUGAUGCCAGGAUUAGUCGGCUUGAGAGGAUGGUUUCUGCUCGGCAAGCACGUAAGGCACAUUUACUGAAGUCUAAAAAUGUAAGUAUGCAUUAAACAAUAAGUCGGAUUUAGUAUGUGUAGUUGUGAUAGGUAACCUUACCAGAUCAUGUGUAUCAGUGUAUAUAUUAUCAGAUCAUUGUACUUCCUCCAUUUCACUAAAAUUGCUACACUUGCCUAUCGAGUAUUGCAGUAAAAGUGAACAGACCCUAAGGAGUAUGUUUUUUAGUCUUAACAUUAAAUUAAGAUGUAACUUGAGAACUCUAGCCGUUAGCUUGGUGGUUCAUUAGAUCAAUUUUGUAAUGGAACCGAACAUUGAUCUACUCAGGCAAAUCUAAAGUAAUUUGUUGUACUUCAACGGGAUCUCAGAAGUCAUAGUAAACAGAAAAACUUGAACCAUAUAUA